CCCCCGCGCCGGUUAUCUUACCUUGGAGAUACUGAUCCGCUCUAAACAAAACAAAUUCAAACGCUUCAGUUCUUACUUGUCGUCUUCGGGUCCCUCGCCAGGCCAGGCAAGUUCCCAAGUCUGGUCUGGUAAAGGGAGCAUAGAGACCACCUCCAACAAUCCCCUGAGGAGACCUGCUAAACCGAGACCAGAGGAAAGGAUCCAAGAAUUUAGCUGUGGGCUGAAGGAUUCUACUCAGAGACUGAUCUAAUGGAGUUAAAGUGAACAAACAAUGGCCAGUGAUAACAAAUCUUCAGUAGCUCGCCCUGUUUCACGAGGUGGAGUUGGGUUGUCAGGAAGGCCUCAUUCCAGAAUACGACCCCCAUCAGGAAAUAUGCGAGUGGCAGCUGGCGUGCCACCUGGCACAGCAAGACCAGGUUCUCGUAGUGGUCCCAUAGGGACAGGUGGAGUUUUAUCUUCUCAAAUCAAAGUUGCUGAUCGUCCUGUAACACAACAAGGUUUGAGUGGAAUGAAAACUGGGAUGAAAGGUCCCCAAAGGCAAAUUUUAGACAAAUCCUACUAUCUUGGGCUUCUUAGAAGUAAAAUAAGUGAACUUACAACUGAAAUUAAUAAACUUCAGAAAGAAAUAGAAAUGUACAAUCAAGAGAAUUCAGUGUAUUUCUCAUAUGAAAAGAGGGCUGAAACUUUAGCUGUUGAAAUCAAAGAGUUUCAAGGACAACUAGCAGAUUACAACAUGUUGGUUGAUAAACUUAAUACCAAUACUGAAAUGGAAGAAGUAAUGAAUGAUUACAACAUGCUUAAGGCUCAAAAUGAUCGGGAAACACAAAGUAUGGAUAUCAUAUUUACUGAAAGACAAGCAAAAGAAAAACAAAUUAGAAGUGUAGAAGAAGAAAUUGAACAGGAAAAACAAGCAGCAGAUGGCAUUAUAAAAAAUAUGUCUCCGGAAAAACAAGUCAAAUAUAUAGAGAUGAAAACCACAAAUGAGAAAUUGCUGCAGGAAUUAGAUAGACUUCAGCAACAACUAGAUUCACUGAACAUGAAAAAAGAGAGCCUGGAAACUGAAAUAGCACACUCCCAGGUAAAACAGGAAGCUGUAUUGCUGCAUGAAAAACUUUACGAGUUAGAAUCCCAUCGACAGCAAAUGAUUGCAGAAGAUAAAAGCAUGGGAUCUCCAAUGGAAGAAAGAGAGAAAUUACUUAAGCAGGUUAAAGAAGAUAAUCAGGAAAUAGCCAGCAUGGAGAGACAGCUAACAGAUAUAAAAGAAAAAAUAAAUCAGUUUAAUGAUGAAAUUAGACAACUUGACAUGGAUUUAGAGGAACACCAAGGUGAAAUGAAUCAGAAAUACAAGGAGCUAAAAAAAAGGGAAGAAAAUAUGGACACUUUUAUUGAGACUUUUGAGGAAACUAAGAAUCAGGAACUGGAACGGAAGGCACAGAUAGAAGCCAGUAUUGUUUCACUUUUGGAGCACUGUAGUCGUGAUAUUAAUCGUAUGAAACAGAUAUCCUCUGUCACCAAUCAAGAGCUAAAGAUGAUGCAGGAUGACCUCAAUUUUAAAUCUACUGAAAUGCAGAAAUCCCAAAGUACAGCUAGAAAUUUGACUUCAGACAGUCAACGUCUGCAGUUGAAUCUACAGAAAAUGGAGCUUCUAGAAAGUAAGAUGACUGAGGAACAGCAUUCUCUAAAAAGCAAAAUUAAGCAAAUGACAACUGAUCUAGAGACAUAUAAUGAUUUGCCAGCUUUAAAAGCAUCAGGUGAAGAAAAGAAAAAGAAAUUACAUCAGGAGAGAAUGGUAUUAUCAAUCCGCAGAAAUGCCUUUAAGAAAAUAAUGGAGACACUGAACAAAGAAUAUGAGACACUAAAAACACAACUGCAAGAAAAUGAGACACACUCUCAGCUUACAAAUUUGGAGAGAAAGUGGCAACACCAUGAGCAAAAUAAUUUUGUGAUGAAAGAAUUCAUAGCUACCAAGAGUCAAGAGAGUGAUUACCAAGCAAUUAUGAAAAAUGUGACCAAAAAGAUUGCAGAAUACAAUAAAACCAUUGUGGAUGCUCUAUAUAGUACUAGCAGAAACUGAGUCUGAAUCAACUAAAAGUCUCUAAAGAAGUAUCGUCUUCCUGCUAAACUUGGUACAAGCUGACUAAAAAAAAAAAAAAAAAGAACAACUUACCCUUGAGGUGUUUUACCUGAAAUUUCUGAAUACUGUAACUUUUGUGGCCUCUUUGAAGAGUAAUAUUUUAAAUGUAAUAGUUCAGUAAAUAGUUUACAUAU